AUGUCAUUAACAGUACGACAACCUACUGAAGAAAGUUAUUGGAAUUUUAAAGUGAACUCGCAAAACAAUGCUAUAUCAACAAUGUCCAUAAUAUCACAAACGGAUUCAUUAGUUGUCACCAAUGUCAACGAUGACAAACUUUAUAGUAUGGAUAUUAAUGAUCAAUUUAGAGUUGAUAGAACCAUUGUCACUGGUGUUGAAAUACCUGAUGUCAGCGUAGUAGAUACAUUUGAAUUCAAUUGUAUUGUAGCUGCCAAAGAUGUUGUAUCAUUAAUCGAUUUAGAAAUUGGUGAAAAAAAUUAUGAAUUUUAUAAUACCCCGAAAAGAGAAGAACGUGAUAUGGUUAGAAAUGCCAUUAUUGAUUGUAAAUUUAUUAAUAAUCAAUUAAUGGCUACUUGUGGGAGAAAUUCUCGAUUGAAUUUAUUUGAUAUAAGACUUAAUAAUAACAAUGGACCUGUUAGUGAUAUUGCCUUUGUUAAUUAUGUAGUUGGUGGUGACCAGAAUUGUAUUGGAUAUAAUGGAGAUUAUAUUAGUGUUGGUAAUUCAUUAGGACAAAUAUAUUCAUUAGAUUUAAGAAAUCUGCGAAUUAUUGAAGAUAAAGUUUCAAAUUCUUCAAUUAUAUCUAUGCAACAAUCAAAAGAUUCAUGUAUUUUCAUUGAUCAAAUUGGUGAUUUGAAAAUGUAUAAUAUCACCAAUGGUAAUUAUUUACUACUGCAAAAUGUUUCUGGUGGGGAACAAUUGACUAAAAGAGGUAAUAUUGAAUAUAUUAAGGAUCAUAAUAAGAUUAUUACUCGUUCAAAUACUAAUGACAGACAAGUACAAAUAUUGUCUAUUGGAGUUAAUAAUGAUACUAAUAAAAGUGGUAAUGAUUUACCUUAUUAUUGUGAACAAACUACCAAAACAAUCGAAGUUGAUAAAUCAAUUAAUGAAAAAUCUGCUAUUAAUUAUACAAAAUAUAAUAGUUAUUCCAAUAGAUUGAUAGCUAGUGAUGACAAAGGUACAAUUCAUGUUUGGAAUAAUGCAUUUUAA